AAGAAUAUCCGCCUAAAGAUGGCUAUGAAAACAAUCGACAACUUAAUAUUAUCGCAAGAGCAAUUUUGAUUUAUAAAGAACUCGUGCGUUUGUGGAAAGAAAUUGGCUACCAUGAAGUUUGUAAAGACGUUAAUGAUCUAGUAUUACAAGGGAUUAUUUUGCCACCUUCUCAACCUAUUGGAUGGACUAAACCAGAUGUUAAGACUGUCAAAGAACGUCAUUCCGAAUUAAUCGACCUUGAAAUUAAGAAAGAAUUGCAAGAUAAUUUCUUACCUAUAUGUUUAAGAGAAACAUUAAAUCUUAAUUGUAAAUUAAAAGUGAAAACAUACCGGAUUUCCUCUAAAUAUCUACCAGAAACUCGAGAAUCCGAAUUUCAAACC